GGUGGGGCGCGCGCGCGGGCGCUCGCUCGCCUGCGGUGCGGGAUGGGGGACGAUGGCGGCGGCGCGUGCGGGUUCUGGCGGCGGGCGGCGGGCCCGGAGGAGCGGCGGCUGCUGGAGCUGCUCUCCUGGGGACUGGUGGCGCUGGGCGCCGCCUCCGCCACCCUGCUCCUCUUCAUCCCCAUGCCCUACGGCCGGUACUCCUCGCGGCGCUUCGGCUGGCUGCUGCCCGCCCGGCCCGCCUGGGCGCUGCAGGAGCUGCCCGCCCUCCUCAUCCCGCUGGGGCUUGGCGCCUGCGGCGGGGAGGUCGCCGCCGCCUGGCCUAACCGCCUGCUGCUGGGGUGCUUCGUCCUGCACUACGUGCACAGGGCACUCAUAUUUCCUCUUCUGAUCCGGGAAGGAAAACCAACACCGUUUUUCACUUUUGUGCUAGCACUUCUGUUCUGUGUUUACAAUGGAUACUUGCAAGGCCGAAGCUUAAGCAACUAUGCAAAAUACCCUCCAGGCUGGUUAAAAGAUCCACGUUUCAUUACAGGUUUUAUAGGGUGGUUGAUUGGCAUGGCAAUCAAUAUUCAUUCUGAUCAUAUUCUUAGAAAUCUGAGAAAACCAGGGGAAACCGGUUACAAGAUACCAAGAGGAGGAAUGUUUGAGUACGUCAGUGGAGCCAACUUUUUUGGAGAGAUACUGGAAUGGUUUGGGUUUGCCCUUGCCUGCUGCACCACUGAAAGCCUUGCAUUUGCGCUGUGUACACUUUUCAUCUUGGGUUCAAGGGCAAAACAACACCACCAAUGGUACCUUGAGAAAUUUGAAGACUACCCAAAGAACAGAAAAAUUGUGAUCCCAUUUGUGUACUGAGCUGUGCUUUUAACACCGUUCUUGAAAUGGAUGCUUUUGUAAUGGCUAACACUGUUAGGUGUUGGCAGGUUAACAUACUCUGAUCAUCACUGUGACAAAGCCUUUGCAUCAGUGCUGCUAUUAGUUACUGCUUUUCCUCUUAAUGAAAACUCAGAAUCUGAGGGAUGUGGUGAAUAGGAGCAGAAAUGCUUUUCCAACAGUGGAGCACCAUCAUAAAUACAUUAGGUAGUGUGUCUGAAUUCACAUAAUGGAAAGUAAUGUACAGGACUUCGAUUUCUGUCUAUGCAGGCUUCUGCUGCUUUCAAUCUAUCUAGCCAUGUGGUCCUGAGGAUUGUGCUGAGAGCCCAAUGGUUGUUCUGCCUGUUAUUUGCCUGCACGCACAAAUGGGGUUGACUUUUUUUCCUUGCCUUCCUUUUUCCUUUGUUCCACUCACCUGCAUUUCCAGGAGAACUGAUGAUGCAGACCAAGGACACUAGAUGAAAAUACUUGCUGUUAGGUGACAGUGUUCUUCCUCUUCUUUGCACUCUUAAACAGGUACUGACACUACAGAUAAUUCUUAAUGCCAUUUAUAUAAACAAUUGUAGUGCUACCUUUCACAAAUAAUAGAUUGUUGUCUACCUCUCAGAUUUGAUAACUGUCUUAAUGUUCAAUAUGUUUUCUCACUCAACACUAUUUUUUGGAAGGCAUUCUUUCUUUGGGAUACUUAGGCCAGUCUAGAACUGUUAACAAUUGUGUAAUGUUUCCUAACUUUUUAAAAAAACUUAAGAUUUUUACAAAAUUUGCUUACUAUGCUGUUUAAAAAAAAAUGAAGUGUCUUCCUUCUCCUGUUGAUAAUGAUCUAGAUGAUUUUAUAUUCCAAAAAUCUGGAAUCUUUUACUGCUGCUUGUUUUAUUAAUCUCAGUUCUCAUACCCCUACAUUUUUCUCCUGAAGGACUCCAGAAGGGUUUCAAAAACAUGAUGGGAUACCAAGCAUACUGACUUUCAAGUUUCAGGCACAUAUGUGUCCUUUGAAUCCUUGUGAUAUUAAAGAAUUUUUUUAGAAUGGCUAAAAAAAAAAAAAAAGAAAUCUAAGAAAUUCUACAGAAAAUUUUAAAAAUA